GACUCAAGGUCUAUGUCAGACAGGUCAUGCUUGUAACGGAGGGCCAUGAAAUCAAACUAUAAAUGGCACAAAGAGAAACGCGCGACUCAUUUUAUCUCAGUCUGGAUUAGCCGACAUGUGUGCGAGACAGCUCGUAGUGCUGUUGUGUACGCUGGGUAUACUGCUGGCAUCAGCUUCCCCUCUCCCGGAUAGCGCUGGAAGCCCUCCUUUACCUGGACCAGGAUUAUCUUACGGUGGCAUACCAUACGGCAGCAUGAGUGGUAAUGUGGCAGAGUAUUUCAAACGUCAAGCGCCAUCUGUUGGACGAGCGCGGAACUUAGCCGAUUCUUCUGCGACUGAUAUUGAUUUCGCUCCUAUUGAACAAUGGCUAUGAUAGAUGGCGUUAGUUUGUUGUAUAAACACGCGUCUAAAUAACUAAAUUAUAUUAUUUACAUUUAUAUAA